AUGUUUCGCUUUAAAUACCAGUCCCUCAAUGAUUCGAUUGAUGAGUUUCUAAACCACGAAACAGAGUCAAGAGUCAGUUUCCUGGACUCCAAUGAGGGGAAGGUUGGAUACUCGACGUUUGAUUUUGAAGAGAGAAAGAAAUUCAGAGAAGCAAGACAGACUGUUACAAAAACCGAUGGUCUCACAAUCACUGGCGCCAUUUUCUUCAUCAUCGGGGAAAUGGCUGGUUCCGGAAUUCUUGCUUUGCCAAAAGCAUUUUCCAAUGCAGGGUGGAUUGGAAUACCAAUGCUGAUAGUAUGCUGUGCGAUUGCGGGUUUUGAGGGAGUAAAACUGGGAAAAGCAUGGCAAUAUAUUCUUUACAAAUUUCCUGAACUUCGUGAAGUACGAGAUCCCUACCCAGUGAUAGCAAGGGAGAGUAUGGGACCGACGAUGGAGAAAGUUGUUAAAGUUACUGUCUACAUAACGCUUUUCAGCGUUACAUUGGUGCUCCUUAUUUUGAGCGCGGACAAUGUCUACAACUUCAUUGCAUUCUUUACCGAGUCGCCGGCGAUUCCUUUCUGUGGAAUAAUCUUAAUCAUUGGAUUCUUGCUUGCACCUUUUGGCUUCUUCUCAACUCCAUCAGAUAUGCCUUGGGUGGCGUACACCGCUUCAGCGACAACCUUCAUUGCGUGCAUUUUCAUCGUUACACAAACGGCCGAGGAGGGAAAGGAUCAUGAAUGGAAUACGACGUACUUAGAAAACCACAGUGACGAGUGCUCUCCUCCUGAGCCAGUUUUUAUGACCCCGUGCGUAAGCUCUGUGGCCAGCGCUUUCGGAAAAAUCCUCUUUUGCUAUGGUGGCAUGUCUGUGUUCCCUACUAUCCAGACAGACAUGAAACGCCCUCAGAAAUUUUCGACAGUUGUGAUUGUCUCUCUCACUUCCAUCGUCCUCAUGAUGCUGCCUGUAUCAAUCGCUGGAUACGCCGUGUACGGCAGUGAUGUUGAAAACAACAUUCUUGAUCAGCUUGACGGGCACUCCUGGAUGACACAAGUCGCCAACGUACUCAUUACUCUUCAUUUAUUAUUCGCCUUCGCCAUCGUCCAGAAUCCACUUCAUCAAGGUGCUGAAGCGGCGCUUGGACUUGAUCCCGAAAAUCAAAAGAAAAAAUGCAUCGCUGUUAGAUUGACAAUCAUGGGAAUCGUGAUCUUCUCGGCUCUGCUUGUUCCCGAUUUUGGUGUCAUCCUUGAUUUGGUUGGAUCGACAACUGUGACAUUAAACACCUUUAUUUUCCCUUCGCUUUUCUAUAUGAGUUUGGUAAGGAAAUAUAAAGGAGAGUUGAAGGUCAGCAAUCAUGCAGAUGCUGAGACGGUUUCCAUCGGAAAAGCAGAAUACGCUCUCCACAUAAUCAUUAUGGUUAUCGGAGUGAUUGGCGGAGUCAUAUCGGCGAAUAAGGCCGUCCUUUCUGGCUUUGAAAUGAAGCCACCCUGCUUCAAGAACUUCUUCAUUAGUCCAGGUCAUGUGUCGCACUAG